AUGGCCUUACAAACGAGCAACGAAGGGCAGCAAGACGUCGUCCUCCCGUAUAGGGCGGCGCCGGGGGCGACCCGACGUCUGAAUCGGCUCUGCUCGGUCUGCACCGAGGUCGUCCAGGCCAAAGACGGCAAGUGGGAUGAGUCGCCCGUCGACACGAAUCAGCGCUUCACGGACUUUCGUGACGCGGCGGCUGAAGGGUGUUUUAUAUGCUCCUACUUGUGGAAUGGCGUCGAGAAAUAUCGUCGCCAGUGGGAGACCAUGGACGAAAGCGAGUGGGAGACGAUGAGCUAUUCGGUCUUUGAGAGGUUACCUCCAACGGGAAAAUACGUCGAGAUGCUCGUUUUCAUCGCUGCUAAUGGCGUCAGGUCUCCCUCAUUUUUACUAUGUCCCAUGAGCGAUAGUCCACUAGGUCCAGACCCGUUUCCUGAAAUUGAGAGCAGUACAUCGUCGGAUAGAACACUGAACUUGGCUUAUAGCUGGCUUCAGGAGUGCGUAUCUUCACAUAAAAGUUGUACCAGUCUUCAAAGAUCGGAGCCCGGAUGGCUCCCAACGCGUCUCGUCGAUAUUAGCCUCCAAAACGACAGCCAAUGGAGGCUCGUCAUCACCGCGGAAGACAUUCCAAAAAACCAGAGCUCGCUGUACAUGACUCUAAGCUACCGAUGGAGUCCCGAACCGAAGAUCCUACUGUCAUCGUCAAACUUGCCAAUGUUCCGCGACGGACACCCAAUUGCAGAUCUACCCCUGACGUUCCGCGACCUGGUUGUCGUCGCCCGGCGUUUCGGCGUUCGGUACGUGUGGAUCGACUGUCUGUGUAUCAUACAGGAUUCAAUAGACGACUGGGAAGCCGAAGCGCCGAUGAUGAGGCACGUCUACGCCAACUCGUACUGCACCGUUGCGGCGACGGCAUCAGGAGACCCCGACGGCGGCCUAUUUCGCACGCGUGACCCUGAAGCCAUCAGGCCUGGCAUCGUCGACUCUACUUUGGCAACUGAAUCGUUAAGCCCCCAUUGCAUCUUCAACUACGAGUACUGGAAUCACCAGCUGUACAAAGGGACCCUCCACCAGCGCGGAUGGGUGUUUCAGGAGCGGUUCCUCUCGCCGCGGCUGCUGUACUUCGCGGAGGACCAGCUAAUGUGGGAAUGUUCCGAGAAACACAGGUGCGAGGGCUUUCCUAACGGGAUCCCUCAUUACAACUCACAAAAGGCCGAAAUGUUCAAAAAGCCCGAGGGGGACGAAAAAGACACUGACUCAUCAGAUGGCGCCGUGAUGUCUUAUAAAGAUUUCCUGAGCUGGGUAGGAUUGGUUAACAGCUACUGCCGUUGCAGGUUCUCGUUCCCGGAGGACCGACUUUACGCCUUCGCCGGCGUUGCGAAGCUUUUCCAGGAGGUCACGGGGGAUACUUACUUGGCCGGCAUGUGGCGGUCCAGGAUGUUGGAGCAGAUCGGGUGGUCCGUUCUCAAACCGGUGCAUCGGCUGUCGAGAAGAUACAGGGCACCGUCGUGGUCCUGGGCGUCCGUCGAUGGUCCAGUGUACCUGUUCGUCAGAGAUGAGGAUACGCCGAAUGAGUACUUUGUCCAGGUCGUGGACGUGAAUGUCACAACGAAGGACUCGGACCCGACGCUGGACGCCGUCAGUGGAUUUCUCAAGUUGAGAUGUCCUGUGGUGACUGCGUGGUACUUCCGCCAAGGCGAAGAUGGCACUGCGCGUUUGUUAAUCAAGCCCAAGGGCGGGCGUUUCCGUCCCAUCAGAGUAAAUGCUUAUUGGCGGGAUUCCCUGGACGAUUCAGAGCUGUUGGGAAUUGGCACGGUUCAUUUUUUCAUCUAUAGCCGUGAUCAUCCCUUUGGGGAAUUUGACCAAUAUGCUAGUGUCAACUGUGUGGUCUUGGAGAGGGUCGGCGAUGCAGAGGAUUCUUUCAAGAGGGUCGGAAUGUUUAUCAUUGUUGAUGAAAAGGCGAGUAUAAUGCAACUUUUAUGUUCCGGUCAAGCGGAAGACAAAGUUAUAACCAUAGUGUAA